UUUUUUUUUCUAAAAAAUAAAUUAUUGUUUUUUUUCUUUCUUUUCCCUCUUUUUAAACCCUUCUCUUUCAGAGCUUUCUCUUUUUCUUAUUUUAUAGACCAUGUCCGCAGCUAUCAGACGUCAACUCAUGAGAGGUCUUUCCUCUACUGCUCGUGUCGCAGCCACUAGAACUACCCCUAUUCUUGUCAAGCACGUUUCCGCUCGUACUUUCACCACCACUAGUGCUCCCAAAUUUAUGGCUCUCCGUGCUUUGGGUAACCAAGUUGCUGCUAAGGAUACUCGUCUCUACAGCUCUUCUUCCUUCCCCAGUCAUAAUGUCAUUGCUAUGCCUGCCUUGUCUCCUACCAUGACUUCUGGUGGUAUUGGUGCCUGGAACAAGAAGGUUGGUGAUGAAGUUGUUCCCGGUGAUGUUUUGGUUGAAAUUGAGACUGAUAAGGCUCAAAUGGACUUUGAAUGUCAAGAAGAAGGUUACCUUGCCAAGGUCUUGAUUGAUCAAGGUGCCAAGGAUGUUGCUGUUGGUCAACCCAUUGCUAUUUUCGUCGAAGAUGCUGCUGAUGUUGCUGCUUUCGAAAGCUUCACUGCUGCUGAUGUUGAAGGUAGUGCUCCUGCUCCUGCUGCUGCUGCUGAAGAAGAGCCCAAGAAGGAAGAAGCUAAGGCUGAAUCUGCCGCUCCUGCUGCUAAAUCUUCCAAGAGCGAAGCUACUGCUUCUCACGGUGGUCGCGUCUUUGCCAGUCCUCUUGCUAGAAAACUCGCUAAUGAACGUGGUAUUGAUAUUGCUCAGGUUAAGGGUUCUGGUCCUAAUGGUAUUAUCUCCAAGGAAGAUGUUGAAUCCUUCAAGGCUCCUGCUCCUGCUGCCGCUUCUGCUCAAAUCCCUACUGCUUAUGCUCCUCAAGGUGCUGCUGGUGAAGCUUACACUGAUAUUCCUACCACCAGCAUGCGUAAGAUCAUUGCUUCUCGUUUGACCGAAUCCAAGCAACAAGUUCCUCACUACUACUUGACUGUUGAAAUCAACAUGGACAAGGUCAACAAGUUGCGUGAAGUUCUUAACAAGUCUGCUGAAGGCAAAUACAAGCUCUCUGUCAACGACUUUGUUGUCAAGGCUUCUGCUUUGGCUCUUAAGGCUGUUCCUGAAGUCAAUGCUGCCUGGCAAGGUGAUUUCAUCAGACAAUACAACUCUGCUGAUAUUUGUGUUGCUGUUGCCACUCCUUCUGGUUUGAUUACACCUAUUGUCACAUCUGCUGAAUCCAAGGGUUUGUCUACCAUCUCUAGCCAAGUCAAGGACUUGGCCACCCGUGCUCGUGACGGCAAGCUUGCUCCUCAAGAAUACCAAGGUGGUUCUUUCACUAUCUCUAAUUUGGGUAUGUACGGUAUUAGCAACUUCACUGCUAUCAUCAACCCUCCUCAAUCUUGUAUCUUGGCUGUCGGUGGUGCUCAACAAAAGGUUGUUGGUGACGAAACUACCGAAAGCGGUUUUGCUGUUCGUAAUGUUAUGGAAGUCACUCUGAGUGCUGAUCAUCGUGUUGUUGAUGGUGCUGUUGGUGCUACUUGGUUGCAAUCUUUCAAGGGCUUCAUGGAAAACCCUCUCAAGAUGAUGUUGUAAAUAAUCUGAUGAAAAGCAAGAGAGACUUUUUGUUAUCAAAGACUUAAUAAGAAGAAAUUAAAAAAAAAAAAACUACACUAUAUAAUACACAUGUUAUUGAUGUCCAUCCUCAUUUGUCCAAUGCAUCCUGAGAACAUUACCAUCUGGAGAGAUGGUUUCAAAGUGAAAAAAAAAUUCAGUUCCCGACUAUAUUCAGUACGCGGCACUAUGUGUCUUUUUUUUUU